GCACUCUUUGCUCUUUUUAAACUCUGUGGCACUGAGAAUGAAGUCACUUCUCUUCUCUUAAAACCAACAGCUUUGCCCUAAGGUUUCCUGUUAUUAUUAUUUUCAACCAGCUGCUGCUUGUGGAUGGUCUUCUGAGGAGACUAGUCUGACAAGCUGCUCAUAACAGACUUCCAUUGCCAGGAUGGACCUCGGUGACAAAUGGACUUUGGAGGAAGGUCAUAGGUUGGCUCAUCCUGGAAUGCACCAUUUUGCCAGUUCAAGGGCAGACAAUGAGUUUGCGGAAUCCACAGCAGCGCAGUUCAACCCAGAUAAGUUGGGUCCCCUGCCUGUGUGUUGCAGUCCAAGUAGCCCGGCCCAGCUACUAGAAGACACUAGUUAUCUUUUCCCAGACCUUCAGUUCUUCUCUGGGAGGCGUGAAGCUUCUCCAUUGACAGUAGAGGCAGGCAGUAGCACUAGAGAAAAAGCUGUUGAGGACCCCUUUUGUAACUUCAACUCCCCAACUUUCCUGAGGAUCUCAGAGGUGGAAAUGAGAGGUUCAGAGGAUGGGGCAGCUGGCACAGUGUUACAGAGGUUGAUCCAGGAACAACUCAGGUAUGGCACCCCGACUGAGAACAUGAAUCUGCUGGCCAUUCAGCACCAGGCCACCGGGAGCGCGGGACUGUCCAACAGUACGACAAGCACCCUUUCUUCCACGGAAAACCUCACUCAAGAAGACCCACAAAUGGUCCACCAGUCAGCACGGCAGGAACCUCAGGGGCAAGAACAUCAAGUGGACAACACGGUGAUGGAGAAACAGGUCCGGUCCGCUCAGCCUCAGCAGAACAAUGAGGAGCUGCCAACUUAUGAGGAGGCCAAGGCCCAGUCGCAGUUCUUCAGGGGGCAGCAGCAGCAACAGCAGCAGGGGGCUGUCGCUCAUGGUUACUACGUGCCCAGUACAACUAGUCAGAAGUCCCGGACUGAAGGGAGGCCCACGGUGAAUCGGGCCAAUAGUGGCCAGGCUCACAAGGAUGAUGCCCUCAAGGAACUCAAGCAGGGCCACGUCCGCUCUCUCAGCGAGAGAAUCAUGCAGCUGUCACUGGAGAGGAAUGGGGCUAAGCAACACCUCCCUAGCUCAGGGAAUGGUAAAGGGUUUAAGGCCGGUGGGGGAGCACCCCCAGCGCAGCCUGCAGGCAAAGUGAUGGACCCACGAGGCCCUCCACCUGAAUAUCCCUUCAAGGCUAAGCCGAUGAUGUCCCCAGUCAGCAAGACCCAGGAGCAUGGGCUCUUUUACAAUGACCAGCACCCUGGGAUGAUCCAUGAGAUGGUCAAACCCUACCCGCCUCCUCAGCCAGCAAGAACAGAAGUUGCUGUCGUGAGGUAUCAGCCACCCCCAGAGUAUGGGGUAACAAGCCGGCCAUGCCAACUCCCCUACCCGUCGAUGCAGCAGCACAGCCCCAUGUCCUCCCAGGCCUCCUCCAUCAGUGGUCCGCUGCAUUCAGUCAUGCCUCCUCCCCUGCCAUUGGCCAUGCUGCCCCAGCAGCCUCCGCCUGCCACUCCCCCGGGUCAGCAGCUUGGCCCUGAAGCUUUUGCCAUUGUGGAGCGGGCACAGCAGAUGGUGGCAAUCCUAUCUGAGGAGAACCGGGUGCUCCGCCAGGAAAUUGAGGGGUAUUAUGACAAGGCUGACAAGCUUCAGAAGUUUGAAAUAGAAAUUCAGCGGAUUUCAGAAGCCUAUGAGAGUCUAGUCAAGUCUACCACCAAGCGAGAGUCUCUGGACAAAGCCAUGAGGAACAAACUAGAAGGAGAGAUCAGGAGACUUCACGAUUUCAACAGAGACCUACGAGACCGCCUGGAGACUGCCAACAGGCAACUAGCCAGCAGGGAAUAUGAUGGGCAUGAAGAUAAAGCAACAGAAAGUCAUUAUGCUUCCCAGAACAAAGAGUACUUGAAGGAAAAGGAGAAGCUAGAGAUGGAGUUAGCAGCAGCACGUACUGCUAGCGAGGAUCAGCGAAGGCAUAUUGAGAUCCUGGACCAGGCCCUGAACAACGCUCAAGGCAAGGUCGUCAAACUGGAAGAAGAGUUACGGAAGAAACAAGCUUAUGUGGAGAAGGUAGAGAAGUUGCAACAGGCCCUGACCCAACUGCAGGCCGCAUGUGAGAAGAGAGAGCAGAUGGAACGAAGGCUGAGGACCCGGCUGGAGAGAGAACUGGAGGCCCUGAGGAUGCAGCAGAGACAUGGAAAUGGCCAAUCAGGCAACAUGGCAGAUCACAACGCCCCAGCACUUAUGGAGCUUGUGAGGGAGAAGGAAGAGAGGAUUUUGGCCCUGGAAGCUGAUAUGACCAAGUGGGAACAGAAGUACCUGGAGGAGAGUACCAUCCGACAUUUUGCCAUGAACGCUGCUGCCACCGCAGCAGCUGAGAGGGAUGCCACAAUCAUCAACCACUCCAGGAAUGGCAGCUACAGUGAGAGUUCCCUAGAGGUCCGCAUCUGGCAGGAGGAGGAAGAAGUUGUGCAAGCCAAUAGGAGGUGCCAGGACAUGGAAUACACCAUAAAAAAUCUUCAUGCCAAGAUCAUAGAGAAAGAUGCCAUGAUUAAGGUCCUUCAACAGCGAUCUAGAAAAGACACAGGAAAGACAGAUGCCUCCAGCUUACGUCCUGCCCGCUCUGUCCCGUCCAUCGCUGCAGCCACUGGCACACACUCACGCCAGACAUCUCUUACCAGCAACCAGUUGGCUGAGGAGAAGAAGGAAGAGAGGACCUGGAAAGGGAGCAUUGGAUUGCUAUUAGGGAAAGAGCACCAUGACCGUGCUUCUACUCCCUUGCUGCCAACACCUCCUCCCCUGCCACCGCCAGCGGCUUCAUCUCUGUCCCCAGCAGCUUCCAUGGUUCUGGUCGGCAGCUCCCAUGCCAAAACGGGCAGCAAAGACAGCAGCACUCAGACCGACAAGAGCUCUGAACUCUUCUGGUCCAGCAUGGCUACUUUCCCUAGUCGUGGCAAGCUGAGCACUACCCCUUCAAACAGCCCCAUCUUGAAACACACUGGGGCCAAGGGAACUGGAGAAAAGUUAGAGACCUCACCUAGCCAGGGGAAGCCUCCUGAGAACAAAGGCCGAGUCAGCAGUUUGCUUCAUAAACCAGAGUUUCCAGAUGGAGAGAUGAUGGAAGUUCUCAUCUAGGAGCUACCCUCUCCCCCAGGGAACUUCCCAUGGAAUGAUGCCCAAGCAAAGUGUUUUAGGGCAGAGAAAGGGGGAUGGGAAAGA